GGGGGUGCGCGCGGGGGGUCCCUGGUGCCGUCUGGCCGCUUCGCAGGCUCCAGCCCGGGUGGUGCUGAGCGAGCCCCACCCGCCUGCAGUUGGCCUGCGCCGGGCACCCCGCGGCCCGCCUGCGCUCUCCCGGGAUACCCCGCUUCGCCCUCCAGACGCGCGCCCCUGCCUCCUGCCCUCCCCUCGCCGUUACCUCCUCCGUCCGCGGCCGCCCGCCUCCCGGCCCGCCUCUCCCUUUCCAUAUGUCCGUGUAUCCUCUUCCUUGGCCUGCACCGUCGGCUUCACUUCGCUCUCUUGUCUUCACCACCGUUCGCUCGUAUCCUGUCCUGUCUUUUGUCGUUGUCUUUGAAUCAGCCCGUCCCGUAGAACGAUGUGCCAAACGGGGUUACCUGAAGGGAGGUGGCGUUCCGACACGCACUUCAGGACCCCAGCCUGGGAGGAUGGUGUGUAUCCCUUGCAUCGUCAUUCCAGUUCUGCUCUGGAUCUACAAGAAGUUCCUGGAGCCGUACAUAUACCCUCUGCUCUCCCCCUUUGUUAGUCGCAUGUGGCCUAGUAAAGCCCUCCGAGAAUCCCACGACAAAAACAAAGGCCAAGUAGACUGCAAGGGUGCAGACAUGAAUGGAUUACCAACAAAAGGACCAAUGGAAAUCUCUGAUAAAAAGAAAGACUAAAGUGCUUGUCCCAAAGGAUCGCAUUGUUUAAAAAUGGACCUGAUAAUAUGAAGCACCUUGCUUGUAAUUGUCUCUGACCUUUUUCUCUGAGACCAGGAUUCCGGAUAGAUAGCUUAGCUGCUUACCUGAUACUGAUCAGGAAAUACGUGAUAUUUGUAUUUAAGAUGUGUUUAGUUAAUUGUAUUUAAUGAUCUCAUUCCUGAGUUCCUUUUUCAUUAAAGUAGCUUUAAUUUCUCUUAUUACAGUUAUGAAGAAAUAAAAGGGUUGUGCCUGUAGACACUGCUACUAAAUCAGUACUCAUAAAUCCUUGGGCCUCUAGCUUUUGUUCAGGCUCUUUGAAUUUGAACAGAGCACGAUGUUACUGUGAAACAGUGCAGUGAGACUGUGCAGUGAAAGGAAAGUGUUUGGAGGGAUGAUGAGGACUUGAAACUUAAAGAUACAAUUACUGUCUAAUACAACAGAGAAGCUUACUCAGGAGGGUAGCAAUUACUGCUUAUGGCUCUGAGAAAAUAGAAAAGACAGGGAAAUUGGGGAGACGCCUUUGAGAAAUGGAAUACCUUUUACAGAAAUGUCUAAUAUACACUAAUUCUAAUCCUUGUUGCAUUCCUUCUAUUCUUACGAAGUAUAUUAAAUAUUCUGUUUAGCG